GCAUGCGUUGUAUUCAGAAGUGCUCACCAACUUAUUUGAACGAAAUGAAUUGGGUCACUGUCUGACUGAAAGAGGGAGAGAGCGAGAACGCGUGUGCAGUAACCAAUAAAAGCCACUCAGAGCUUGAUUUCACUUCUAACUCCUGAGCAAAUAAGAGUCAGACAAAUUUGUUUUUAUACCUGCGUUUCAACAAGAGUUCAUUAUUAUUUUCUGUUACCAGUGAAGUCGACAAACGUUCGCAGAUAUACUUCCCUGGAACAUGCUAUCAUGCAUUUUAGUGCUGGAACAUUGUCUACCUCUUCUAACAUGUUGAACACUUCUAUCCUAGUUUGCUGAAAGUGAAAUGCAACAAUAUUUUGGAGAAAGAUUGACGAAUGAGUGAUGUUUUUUUAAAAUAGACUUGAUCAACUUCUUUUCUAUCAGCAAUAGACAAGCCUAGAUGUGGUGAUAAUAUUUUAUGCGCAUGCGACUUCUGCAAGGAACUCCAAAGCAUCACACUUAUAUCUUAAUUUGAUCGUCAUCAUUAUGGCAAACUCCACCGUCGUAAUGACGUCUCUCGUCGAUAAUGGAUCGACACAUGUGGCACUGGCGAGUAAUACUCAGUUCAUCGUCAUUUCUGUCUGCUACAUCAUUAUCUGCAUCUUUGGCAUCGUCGGUAACUCCAUGGUCAUCGCCGCCGUCGCACUCUGCCGAAAACUACAAACAGCAACCAACGUGUUCGUGGUCAGUCUUGCAAUCACCGACCUGCUAUCAUGCUUGACCCUUCCCUUCCAGGUGGCCAUGUUUCUGAGUCGAGAUGACAGUACACGUCUCCCCGAUGGCCUGUGCGCCUUCAUAGGGGCUAUCAGUAUCAUCUGCUUGGUGGGCAGCAUCCUAACAUUGGCUCUGAUAGCAUUUAAUCGAUGCUUUCUCAUCACACAACCAAGAAAGAGGUAUUCCUGGCUCUACACGACGAGAAAGUUAUUCACAAUGACCGCCAUUGCUUGGUUGUAUCCAACCAUCGUACUGGUUUUGCCUCAAGCCGUCGGCAUUGGUAAGCUUGGUUACUCACCUGCUUAUAGGGCGUGUCUGUGGGAUGAUACUGAUGAUCUUGCAUUCGUGAGUGAUAUCUUAGUCGCUAUCACAUUCUUAUUUACCUUCGCCAUUAUUCUCUUCUGCUACAUCAAAAUCUGGAUCUACAUCCGACGUCACGUUCGUCGUCUGCGAAACCACUCGACUUCAAAGUUACCCCCGAGUGAACCGAGCAACUUGGAUGAUCUCAGCAGUACUCAGGAACACCAUACGGAUACGAGUGCAGGUCCAAGUCAAACACAUAGCCACGCCCAUGCCAAUGGCGGCAAAGUGGAAACGAAGAAACGAACUAAAAAAGUAGUUAGUACACGCGAAAUUGAGAUUACAAAGAAUCUCUUUUACGUCAUUUGUGCGUUUUUUCUGUGUAUCAUACCAUAUACGAUUACGUUAAUCCUCCCUCCAGGGCCGAUCCUUGAUCUUCUUGUACUCUACGCAAGCAUCCCGCUUGUGUUCAAUGGCUGCGUCAAUCCCAUAAUAUACGCCUACAAGCAUCCCACCAUGAAAGUGGUCUUUCGAUACAUCAUCAGAUGUCAGAUAGGUUCGAUCCCUAAACCUUCCAAGUGUCUUCGCCGUGCGAUGAGCCUACACCAGCAUUCAGAGGGGAGAGGGGAGGGGGCAGUCAGGACACUCAAUGUGCGAGAUGGUCACCCUUCAUUUUGUAGCUUGAAGAAAGACUCGUUUGUGAGACAAAACUCGAACAAUCCAUCUAGAUCGUUUGGAAGCGCGAGGAAGGAAUCGCCAGACAGACAAAGCUCGCAGAAUAACUGAUGUCAUUAAAGGGAUCCAUCGCUAACUUCAUGUAAUCAAAAUUAUGACUGUUAACUUAUUGAUAAUAUAGUUGGGCAAAUUUUUGAUCGCUUUUCAUAUCUUGACACGAUUUGAAAUUAAUGAACACCAAUGAUAAAUGUGUACUUUUGUUGUCAGUACAUUAUUGUAGCCUAUAUACAUUUGAAAUAUUAAGCACAGGGUGCUUUGAUCAAUCAACUAUAUCAUAUCAUCAUCAUAGACAGUUCUCAAUAUGAAGUCAGUACUUUUAAUAAAUCGAACACUACUAAAUUUACAUUUUGUUACGCAGGAGCGUCGCCGAGGGGGAGGGGUUAGAUAACCAUUUUUGUCGACGGAUUUACAAUUCGUACCAAAGACCUGUCUAAAUAUCACCAAAAGCUAUGACUUUUCAGUAUAUAAAUUAUUUCAUUAUUCGUUUCAGUAUUAUUACUCUAAUAUAAUUUUGUGUAGAUAUUGUGCAUCCACUGUCGGCAAAUUUGGCCGGGAUCACCCCUCCCCAAUUAAAAAGGUUUAGCGGCGGCCUGCGUGUAUCUGAACUUAACUUUUUAAACGACAUGCGUAUUGUAUAUAAUUUACUUUAUGGAUUCUUGAGAAAUUCUUAAUUCUUGGGCGUAU